AUGAAUUCAGCAUAUACGGCCAUUGAGUCAGAUGUGCCGGAACAAGCGCAACAACCUUCAGCACAAUCCAAUGCAACAUCUGCUGGAGCCAAUGUAUCUCCCAGUGAAUGGACAUGGUCUCAAAAGUUAAAAGAAUCGUCACAUCCAAUUGCUCUUUUAUUCUACAUUUUCUUCAGGGUGUCACCUCUAUUCAUAUAUUUAUUUGGGACCUUGUUGAUUGGGAUUAUAACCAAGAAGAAUAAAUUUAUUUUACAUUUCAUAAUAAUAGUGCUUUUAGUUUCCGGUGACUUUUGGAAUUUGAAAAACAUAGCCGGUAGGUUAUUGGUAGGAUUGAGAUGGUGGAAUGAGGUUAGUGUUAUUAAAUCGACCAAUGGAGAAUUUGAAAAUGUAUGGGUAUUUGAAACAGUGGAUCCAAACCGUUACAUCAAUCCAAUUGACUCUAAAGUGUUCUGGACGUUAUUAUAUGUACAGCCUGCAGCAUGGGUUGUAUUGGGAUUCUUAGCACUUUUGAAAUUCGAAUUUUUGUAUUUAUUGCUAAUCAUUAUUUCAAUUUCUUUGUCCUUGACGAACGCCAUGGCAUUCACUAAAUGUGAUAAAUUCGGUAAAGCAAACCAUUUGGCUACUGAUAUAUUUUCUAGAGCAACAGGUAAUCUUUUUUCUAGAUUAAAUCCAUUUUCCACUUAA